GUUUACGUCCUCAAUAGCGGAAGUCGCGGUUUUCUAAAAUGGGAAACUACUUAAGAGUGAAAGCAUUGGGGACACACGUUCUCCGACGAAAAUUUCCUGGUGAGUUGCUUCAUUAAAGUCAUCCUCCAGUGGCCAUGAAUGAAGAGUUGUCUCCUUUGGACUGCCUGCUGCCUUCAGGCAAACAGAGGAUUGGUUUGAUCAUCCUGAAUCAGUCUUUGGAUAAAGACUACCUUCACGUGCUAUGGAGUAAAGCUCUCCUGACGGCAUGUGCUGAUGGUGCUGCCAAUCGCCUAUAUCACAUCACUGCUGGAGAAACCGACAGCUUCCUCCCCGACUAUAUUAGUGGUGAUUUUGAUUCCAUUACUUCAGAAGUACGGGAUUUUUAUGCAGGCAAGGGGUGCCGGCUGAUAGAAACAAGUGACCAGGAUCUUACAGACUACACAAAGUGUCUUGUCAUCAUGGUGGAGGAGAUCCAAAAACGGAGGUUGCAGGUGGAUGCCAUCGUGACACUGGGCGGGCUGGGGGGCAGAUUUGACCAGACGAUGGCUACUGUUGAGACCCUCCAUCAUGCUCUGUCCAUGACACAGCUCCCAUUGUUGGUCAUCCAGGAGACAAACCUGGCCUAUCUACUGAGACCUGGCAGCCACAGACUGGCGGUAAACACAGGCCUGGAGGGGGACUGGUGCAGCCUUAUUCCUGUGGGGGGACCAUGCUUAACCACCACCAGUGGUCUCAAAUGGAACCUCGAUAACCAAGUGCUUCAGUUCGGGAAGCUGGUGAGCACCUCCAACACCUACCAGCCUGUGUGCCCCGGAGAGGGCAGGAAGUGUGUGACUGUGACAACAGAGCAGCCUUUGCUUUGGAGUAUGGGCAUCCACAGAGAGCUAGAAUGUUGACCAACUGUUGAAACUUGUACAGAUUUUGCUACACAAAACACUGCUGGACUUUUUAGGACAGUGCAACAGGGAUGUAACAAUAUCAAGACUCCAUGGUAAGAUAUUGUCACGGUAAUAAGGCCACAGUACGAUGUUAUUGAUGAAGUGGCAGGAAUGUUUAGGAUAAACACUUGCUGCAAUUGGACACAAACCAAACUCAAAUACUCUAUAAUUAGUUUGUUUCUAUACGAACAUGUAUUUUAAGUGCAAGAAUAAGAUAUUCACAAUUUGGUAACCGUGCAGCAAACAGUGUGCAAACUAAGAAACCCCCGGGUCUAGAUCUUACCGCUUAAAGUACCUGUAGAUACAAGAAAAAAAUCUAACUGUGCAAUAGAAUCUAUCUAUACUUUUGUCGAGUGAUCAAGGUUUAUCCGCAACAGAUUGAACUCCUACAUGACAGAUAACAACUUGGAAAAGCACGGAGGCCAACAACUUCUUAAUGUGUGGCUUGGUCAAGGAAAUUGGUAUUAAGAUUCUCCCAGAUAAAUCAUGCAUCGUUAAUGCUCAGGUACAGUUGUAAUAUCAUGAUUUAACCUUGCGUCUUGUGAGGACGCGUCCUUGGAGUAGCACUCGAUGGCCUUGAUUCACUGUUUUUUUAUUUUCACAUUAUGUUAACCAUUCAAAGAUAAUCGGAGACACCACUGAAGACCUGGCUGCUUAUGAUAGAAGACGGAGAAGUGAUCACAGCUCUGUGCAACUGCAUGUUGCCUUGUCACACAUGUUGUCACGAGUACGCAUGGCUUCCGCCGUCGAGAUGUCAAAAUAGUGUAUGUGCUGAAAGCUUAAUUUAUGAUUGCUGCCUUUGGUAAAAGAUGAACUUGGGUUUUGCUCAAAUGUGCUUUAUAGAUGCUUUCCAAAACUCAUAGCAAAAAUGCGUUUUAAGAACUCGGAAACAAGAUAAAAUACAAAUAUCAAGAUAAUACUUAAAUGGGAACUACUAAAGACUAAAAGUAUACAGCACCUUGCAAAAGUAUUCAACCCUCUUGGCUUUUUACCUAUUUUGUUAAAUUACAACCUGUAACUUGUUUUUAAACCAAAAUGUGUGAUGAAUCUGCACAAAAUAGCCUAAGUUGGUUAAGUGAAAUGAGAAAAAUAUAUUUUUUAAAUUAAUUUACAUUUUAAAAAUUAAAAUUGGCAUGUGCAUAUGCAUAUGCAUUCACCCUCUUUGUUAUGAAGCUCGGUAAAAUGUUCUGGUGCAACCUAUUAUCUCCAGAAGGCACAUAGUUAGGGUUGGAUUAUAAAGACAUCCACACCUUUGAUGAUCCCCGGAGCACCAUAAAAUCCAUUUUACCUUCAAAUUGAAAGAAUAUGGGACCACAGCAAACCUGCCAAGACAGGGCCGCCCACCCAAGACUCAAGAGACCGAAUAAGGCAACAGAGACCAAAGGUAACCCUGAAGGAGCUGCAGAGUUCCACGUCAAAGACUGGAGUGUCAGUGAAAAAGACCACAAUAAGCCAUACACAAAGAGCUGGGUUUUAUGGAAGAGCGGCCAGAAAAAAGCCAUUAGUGUUAAAAAUAAAAUGUCAAUAACGUGCCACAUUCCUUUGGGCAAACUCAAAAUCUUUCACUCUUUCGCCCUUCUGGAUUACCUCUCAAGGAACUCUGAAAUAACUAACCUUUUUGCGAUUAGAAUGUUUCCCACAGCCAAAACAACGCAAGCAUGGGGCAUUUUUCUUCGAGAAAGGCAAAAUGCCGCCCAGAACAUUUUGACAAAAGGCAUUUACUUGACCACCACAUCAGGCCUUGCAUGUUUAAUUAGCGGCAUGUGACGUCAGGUAAAUACAACCUAUAGUGCGGGAACCCUUGUUUGUUUCAAAUAUAUCUUCCGGUUGAAGGUCAAUCAAGUAGCUUCUCAUAUUACUCUUAUUCCUCGUGGUGUGCAGUGUCCAAACCCCUACCGGGUGCUUUCCCUUCGCGCGGUGCGCCGUCACCAGCUCUGUCGCCUUGGAAACGCUCGGGACAAAGGUGCCGCGUUUUGCGGUACGGAGACUUGAUGAACUCAACCAAAAAGGUUAUGUUUUUGUUAGGGUUUGUCUGUCAGCAAUAUAACUCAAUUAUUGACUGAUUUUAUAUGAUUUUUAGUAAAUGUCCCAAAAAAUGUCCUCAUCUACUAUGAAAACACUUCUCUCGCAUGCUACCUCUAUUUCCUCCCCCUUAGUUUUCCACACCCCACCUUGCCGGUCCGCGCUGUGCCAAGGAUUUUGGGAGAUGUAGUUUAUUUUCAGACUGGCCAACCCAAAAGCGCCAGAAAAAAACUACACUUACCAAGUUUUUGUUUGAUACAGUCCCCAUCACGGCAUUAUUGUGGGGAUUUUGAAACCGCAAUACUGUUGCAUCCCUGCAGUGCAUACAUCAACAGUAGACUAUUACAAAUAUACUGCUGUUCUACUUCACAUACUGUACCACAACGGAAGCAUUGAUAAAAUAAUGUUUUAUACUAAAAUAAUGUUUUAUACAACUCCCCCAUUCCAAUGGAGUGCACUGAAUUUAUGUUGCCAGAAAAACUGGAAAUAAAGGGAAAAUGUUGGGUUCC